AUGCGGAACGCUCUGUUCCUGGCUCUUCUCAUAGGGCUUUGUGCAACUGUAUCGGUGUCGCAGAGCCCUUAUGACACGUUCCGUCUCUUCGAGCGCUACCCCAGCUCUCCUAACUACGCUAUUCCCAUGUGCUGUCCUACCCAUCCCUCCGCCUACUGCGACUUCUACUUCGAUGGCUUUCAGAACUCAGUGCCGUCGUUCCACAUCAAAGACGACAUUAAGGGGGAUCACGCGGUGCUCACCAUCACGCGCGAGCAGGUUCACUGGGUGGGCAGCAUGGACUACUUUGCGCCCGGCAUCCGCGACUACAAGACCAACGGCCUGAUUGCUGCCGACUCCACCAACGGCACGUACCUGCAAUGCCCCCAACGCUUGCCUCCUGACGAGCAUCCCGGGGACCAAUUCUACCUCAAUCAGCGGGAGGACGCGAUAGCACACGUGUACGUGCGAAACUGGAAGCCGCAGUCGCAGUGGCAUCACGGCAUCGACUGGUUCAACGAUAGUACGGACUACCCUGAGGAGAGGCGCUGUGUCGUAUUCCGCACCCGUGCAUGA